GGCCUGUCAGGGCGCGGGCGGCGGCGGCGGCGGCGGCUCCUCCGGGUCCGGCACGAUGUCCCUGCAGUACGGGGCUGAGGAGGCUCCCCUGGCCGGCAGUUAUGGCGCGGCCGACUCGUUCCCGAAGGAUUUCGGCUACGGCGUGGAGGAGGAGGAAGAGGAGGCGGCGGCGGCUGGCGGCGGGGUCGGGGCGGGGGCCGGCGGAGGCUGCGGCCCGGGGGGCGCUGACAGCUCCAAGCCGAGGAUUCUGCUCAUGGGGCUGCGGCGCAGCGGCAAGUCCUCCAUCCAGAAGGUGGUGUUUCAUAAGAUGUCACCCAAUGAGACCCUCUUCCUGGAAAGUACCAACAAGAUUUACAAAGAUGACAUUUCCAAUAGCUCCUUUGUGAAUUUCCAGAUAUGGGAUUUUCCUGGGCAAAUGGACUUUUUUGACCCAACCUUUGACUAUGAGAUGAUCUUCAGGGGAACAGGAGCAUUGAUAUAUGUCAUUGACGCACAGGAUGACUACAUGGAGGCUUUAACAAGACUUCACAUUACUGUUUCUAAAGCCUACAAAGUUAACCCAGACAUGAAUUUUGAGGUUUUUAUUCACAAAGUUGAUGGUCUGUCUGAUGAUCACAAAAUAGAAACACAGAGGGACAUUCAUCAAAGGGCCAAUGAUGACCUUGCAGAUGCUGGGCUAGAAAAACUCCAUCUUAGCUUUUAUUUGACUAGUAUCUAUGACCAUUCAAUAUUUGAAGCCUUUAGUAAGGUGGUGCAGAAACUCAUUCCACAACUGCCGACCUUGGAAAACCUAUUAAAUAUCUUUAUAUCAAAUUCAGGUAUUGAAAAAGCUUUUCUCUUUGAUGUUGUCAGCAAAAUCUACAUUGCAACAGACAGUUCCCCUGUGGAUAUGCAGUCUUAUGAACUUUGCUGUGACAUGAUUGAUGUUGUAAUCGAUGUGUCUUGUAUAUAUGGGUUAAAGGAAGAUGGCAGUGGAAGUGCUUAUGACAAAGAGUCCAUGGCAAUCAUCAAGCUGAACAACACGACUGUCCUCUAUUUAAAGGAGGUGACGAAAUUUUUGGCACUGGUCUGCAUUCUUAGGGAAGAAAGCUUUGAACGAAAAGGUUUAAUAGACUACAACUUCCACUGUUUCCGGAAAGCUAUCCACGAGGUGUUCGAGGUAGGCGUGGCUUCUCACCGGAGCUGCGGCCACCUGGCCAGCACCCCCAGCCUGAAAGCGCUGACGCACAACGGCACGCCGCGCACCGCCAUCUAGUCUGCCGCUGUGGCCGCCGCCUCCGUGCGCCGGGGCCAGGAGCCGCUGCCUUGGGGCGGCCGGAAUCGGGUGCCUGGCCCCUAGAGACACAGGGUCGAGUUGCUCACUCGGGGGAAGCCCCUGCAGGCCGCGGUGCAUAGCCGAAGCGCCAGUCUGCUCCGGACAGCCUGCCCCUGGGCCCUCGGGAGACCGUGGAACUCUGUGUGGCUUUCUCCUGGCUCGGCCCUCCUGCAAGUACGGGGACCUUUUGGACCUGGAGGCGUCCCCAUCCUUACCAGGGAGUGUUGCCAUCGAUUCCAGUCAAAAAUAAUAGAAAAGACCGAAUUUUUAUACGCUUCACGUAGGCUUUCGUUUGAGUAGUCUCUCAAAAUUCUGCCUCGCUUAAGUUCUAACACUGCCUCUCCGAUCUGAAUCUUGGACAUUGCACAUCUCAGACCUUUGCAGUGCACUGGCUCCUAACCCGGAAGACAGCGACUCUGCGGAGGGCGGUGCGUCUGCGUCUCUUCCCGGAGGCUCGAGACGGGAGAGGAGUUGUGCCCCCGUGUGGGGGCACCGGAUGCCUGGGUUCUUUCUCCUGCGUCACAUAACGAUCAUGCUCAGUGUCAUGACGGGAUUUGAGACGAAUUUGUUUUCCCUAGAAUCCACUCCCAGGGGAGGAACUCAUUGUGUCACUGGAACUACGUAGCUCCCUUUAACCUCCGGAUCAGCCUCUGCAUCGCUUCUCCGCUCUCGGGAGUCUCUAAGAAGUGCUGUUCGGUGACCGCGAGUGACCCCCAGGCACUGGCGGGCUGUGCCCUGGGAGCCGGCGCGAGCACGUGGGGCCGCACUGUGUGCUGCCUGGCGUGCCGCGGCUCCCGUGGUACUCUCUCUGCCUGGGGUGUUAACUCGUAAUCGCAUACUUUGUGUUGAUGGGUGAUGCCCUUCCCGCUGAUGUCAACUCACACAUUAUUUUUGCUCCACAUGCCCAAUAGUCAUGCGUUCCAAAGCCACUGGACCAGCUGAGUACAUAAGUGCCACUCGGAACGGCUUCGUGUGUCCUGGGCGGGGAGCCUGCGGUGAGACUCGCAGUGCCCCUGCAGCCGACGCUGACCGUCGAGUAUUUACAUGGACCACGGUGAUAUCCAAGAGAAAAGUGCUUUUAUAUUUAUAGAUGAUUUCAUUGAGCUAUAUAUAAAAUGGGUAUCAAUAAAUGUAUUUACUCCAAGAUGGGUCUUCCUCCUGGCCCCAGGUGGGGCCACGCUGGGCCAGGCUGUCUCUGCUGCCUCACAGCAAGUUCUGUCCUCAUGAGGGAUUCUGUGGCCUUGUGGCCAGGCGAGAUGUGUGUGUGUUGAGUGUCGCAUAGGCAGGUGCCACCUGGGGUGCCUGCCCAGGGCCUGGCACCAGGGCUGCCGUGUGUCACGUGAGGAGGGGUGGAUGCUGCCGGAAAGCUGCGCUGACUCCAGCUUGUUUGGUUCCUUCCAGUUCCUGAGAUGCUCGU